CCCUGGGCUAUCAACAUCUGGGGGCGGCGCGCGAGCAGUCAGUCGCGUUGCACGAGGCGCGAGCGAGACUCGGGGCUUCCUGCGAGCGCCGCCACUCAGUCUGCGCUCCUUCAACGUCGGUGGGGGAACGGCGACACGACGCGAACUCUCCGCCUCUGCCUCCGUCUUGGCCACCAGCAGCAGGACCUCGACACUGGCAUCGAGCCCCUGAACCACAGCGCCGCCGCCGCCGCCGCUGCCUCCACUCGCGAGAAGCGCAUUGAAGAUCUGACAAAAUAUCCCAACGAUGGAUGAGGAAGAAUUUCGCCGAUGUGGCAAGGAGAUGGUGGACUACAUCGCGGACUACCUGUCCACCAUACGGACCCGCCCAGUCUACCCGGACGUGCUGCCGGGCUACCUGAGGCCCAUGAUACCGGCGGAACCCCCUCGGACCCCCGAGACCUUCCGAGACGUGAUGGAGGACGUGGAGAGAGUCAUCAUGCCCGGCGUCACCCACUGGAGUAGCCCUCACUUCCACGCCUAUUUCCCGGGAGCCAACUCGUACCCUGCUCUCCUCGGCGACAUGCUCUCCGGCGCCAUCGGCUGCAUCGGAUUCUCCUGGGCCGCGAGCCCCGCGUGCACGGAGCUGGAGACGGUGAUGCUGGACUGGCUGGCGCGGACUCUGCAGCUGCCCUCACACUUCCUGGCGUGCGGAGACAGCGGGGAGGGGGGCAGCGGUGGGGGAGUCAUCCAGGGCACGGCGAGCGAGGCGACGCUUGUGGCGAUGCUGGCCGCGAGGAAUCGCGCGAUGAGACUGGGCCAGGACCCCCAGGGGAGCCCCGGGGAAUCCGGCAUCCUGGCCCGCCUGGUCGCCUACACCUCCGAGCAGGCCCACUCGUCGGUGGAGCGCGCCGCGAUGUUUGCGGCGGUGCGGAUCCGCAAGCUGCCCACGGACGGGCGCUGCUCGCUCCGCGGGGACGCCCUCAGCGGCGCCGUGGCCACGGACCGUGCCGCGGGCCUCGUCCCCUUCUUCGUGAGUUCCUCGCUCUCUCGUGAACGCGAGGGACUCUGGAUGCACAUCGACGCCGCGUACGCGGGCAGCGCCUUCAUCUGCCCGAGUUCAGACCCCUCCUCAACGGAGUCGAGGUGA